GUCUGAAUUCAAUGUACCUAUAGCUAGAUCACGUGUAGGGCAUAUUGUUACCUUGUUGUAGACCUAUAGUGUGUAGCUUAUAUUUGCAAUGCAAGUAGGGAAUAUGAUAUUGUUCCCUAUAAGGGAAAAUGACAACAUGCAGAACAAAAGGCUUGAAUGUAGGUCAGAUUAAGUAGGACAAUUUAUACAGGAAUGUUUCAUUUAAGACUAUUUAUUUUGUAUCAUAGGUUUUUAAACGUCUAAAUACAUCAUCUAUUGAAUAUUUUUUGGAACAACAUGGGAAGUCCAUUAUGCGUCAUAUAGGCCACCUUGGCAUUACCCAGUGCUCUGUGCGCUGACAAAUGGCUUAAUCACAGAUGAUGUUUGCUUGCCAGUUCUCCUUUAUUGAGAUGAUGUUUUAAACGAGGCGUCGUUAAAGCUAUGUACAGCCCCCUCUGCUCCUGCAUUGCCCCAAAUUGAUGUUAAUGGGAUGCUCCCCUGGCUUGGCUUGUGAUUUCUGGUGAGAAUGGCCGAGGAGAUAUCACUGGGCCCGGCUCUAUGUGUUGUUUAAAGGUCGCCGCGGCUUCGGUGGCUUUUGUGCUAACAACUGCUGGGUGUAUAUGGAGGGGAGCGUCCAAAUUGACACCAUAUGUUUUCCUAUUAGUCGACUAGUAAUAGAAUACAAGGCGCAUAAUCAGCGCCAGCGGGCAGGAUCGACGCUGCUCGCCGUGGGGAAUUGGGCACAUGAUUAAGACUUAACCUUUGGAGAGCUGAAAUGGUAUGUGAUAUCCUUAUCUGACGGCUAUAUCGAUCCUGUGGAUGUAUAUGAUUGUUCUAAAUGUGUUGAGGUGACGCUGCAACCAUGUAAACCCACAGCGAACCGCUGCUUAGCGCGGACAGGCCUAUUUGAGAGUAAGGCGUCUAUUAAUUCCACUUAAUCCUGGAAUUACCAAAGAGCCAGAGGGAUGAUAAUGGAUUUACUAUUAAUCAGGUCCACGUCGGAUAAGGAUCAUUACACAUAGUGGCCUAAGAGCAGUGUUUAAUUAUGUUAAACAGAUUUAUUUUCACUCAAAACAUGGCUUUUAAUUGACACAAAACGUGCGUUAUGCGUAUUGUUCCCAUUUAUAGUGCACAUACAACGUAUUCCCAAGCAGAUCGCCCACUGAUUGCACACAACAGGAUUGUAGUGGCUGAGAGGAUUUGUUGCCAAAUACAAACAAGAGAAAAAAAACCGAGAUGUCAGAUUUAAUAUGUUGAGAAUCCAAGCGCGCCCUCGUUGUUGUGCCCGCGCGUCGCCCCUGGUCACCUUAAAACGAAGCUUCCCUCGAAGGGUAAACGAGUAGCGUCCAAUUUUGUCUGAGUGAUAUCCAAAUCCAGACAGAAAGGGUCGUUUUAUCGUGCUACUAUUUGUCGUGACGAUGCGUUUUUCAAAAGCAGAGCUGUGUCAUAAAGUGACAUGCCUGCCACAAGUGCUCCAACUGAUCUUUUCAAUUAGCCUUCCCAUGCAUGAUCCGAGGCGACUUCCGCCUAUUUCCAGAAAUUAAGCUCAAACUUGACGUGCAGCUAGCUUUAUUUUAAAGACAAAUGUCAGCCAGCCUCAUCACAUUUCCCCCCUCUUCUAUAUUUGGAGCUUAUUUAUUGCUAAGGAGCCUCUGCUCCCGGAGUCAAUGUAGCAGGCGGCAGCGCAAGAGAAGGCAGCGGAGAUCUGGAGCACAGUAAGGCACUCCGGGGAGGCAUCCGUCCCAUUUGGCUUCAGGUCACAGCGGUGUGAACCAGCUGGGCGGUGUGUUUGUUAACGGUAGACCGCUACCGGACACCACCAGGCAGAAAAUCGUCGAACUUGCUCAUAGUGGCGCGCGGCCGUGCGACAUCUCCAGGAUUCUGCAGACCCAUGAUGACUCAAAAGUCCAAGUGCUGGAAAAUGAAAACGUGUCCAACGGGUGCGUGAGUAAGAUUCUUGGCAGAUACUAUGAGACUGGCUCCAUCAGACCGAGAGCGAUCGGAGGCAGCAAGCCGAGGGUAGCCACUCCAGAGGUGGUGGGGAAGAUAGCGCAGUACAAGCGGGAGUGCCCGUCUAUUUUCGCCUGGGAGAUCCGCGACAGACUGUUGUCGGAGGGGGUCUGCACCAACGACAAUAUACCCAGUGUGUCAUCAAUAAACAGAGUCCUCCGCAACCUGGCUAGCGAGAAGCAACAGAUGGGCGCAGAUGGCAUGUAUGACAAGCUGAGAAUGCUCAACGGUCAGACAGGAACUUGGGGGACACGGCCCGGCUGGUACCCCGGAACUUCAGUGCCAGGGCAGCCCAACCAAGACGGCUGCCAGCCACAGGACGGUGCGGGAGAGAACACCAACUCCAUCAGUUCCAAUGGGGAGGAUUCUGACGAGACGCAGAUGCGACUCCAGCUAAAGAGAAAACUACAGAGAAACCGCACGUCGUUCACCCAAGAGCAGAUUGAAGCACUGGAAAAAGAAUUUGAAAGGACUCAUUAUCCUGACGUUUUCGCGAGGGAAAGACUGGCAGCGAAAAUAGAUCUGCCUGAAGCAAGAAUACAGGUGUGGUUCUCAAACAGAAGAGCGAAGUGGAGACGGGAGGAGAAGCUGAGGAACCAGCGUCGUCAGGCCAGCAACUCCUCCAGUCACAUCCCCAUCAGCAGCAGUUUCAGCACCAGCGUCUACCAGCCCAUGCCUCAGCCCACCACACCGGUGUCCUUCACAUCUGGGUCUAUGUUGGGCAGACCUGACACGGCCCUCACCAACACGUACAGCGCACUGCCUCCCAUGCCCAGCUUCACCAUGGCCAACAACCUGCCUAUGCAACCCAGCCAGACCUAUUCCUGCAUGCUGCCUACCAGUCCGUCUGUGAAUGGGCGGAGCUACGACACAUAUACGCCCCCUCAUAUGCAGGCACAUAUGAACAGCCAAUCAAUGACCACUUCUGGUACCACCUCAACAGGACUCAUCUCUCCUGGAGUGUCUGUCCCUGUCCAAGUCCCAGGCGGCGAGCCUGACAUGUCUCAGUACUGGUCAAGACUACAAUAGAGAGAAGAGCUACUUCACCCUGUAACCUCUCACCCACCGCCCUCCGCUGGGAGCUCACACACACAUGGAGAGAAGUGGAGGAGAGAGAGACUCUGGGAGUGCCCUAGGACUACAGGGUGGGGUUGUUUCCACUGGGACAGUGUGUUGUUCUGUAGCUCCUGGCACAUAUGAGGACUGGGGAGAACAACGAUGGGAAGAGAGGGGGAAGAAGAAGACAAAACGUGGACCUCUGUAAAGUGCCCGGUGUUUAACAUUUUCAUGGAACAAAAACGUCAUUUUUCUUCUUCUCACUUUCCAAGUAAUUGUUUCUUUUUUUCUGUCUGUCUCUUGUGUUUGUAUAUGGCCGUGUGUAUGUUAUGACGAAACCCCAGAUCAACUACUGAUAGAUGGACUGCUAGAAAACCAUGUUGGUCUUGUGUUUGUAUUUGGGGUAAAGGAGAACCCAAGAGAUUUCUGCCAUGACUAUUUUUUUAUCUGCUAACAUCGAGACUUUCUACCAGACUUUUCAUGGUCUGUGGACUCAUGCGAAACGGUUGCAUAUCACCCGAGAGGAGAGCUGUGGGGAAUAGACUCAGUGUGUUUAUUAAACCUAUUUAUUGGUCAUACUCCUUCAAAAUGGACGUCAGCAGAGGAGGACCUCCAGUCAAUCCACCCACCUCAGCCUUGGGUCUUUGACUCCUGCAAUAUCACAUAAACUGUAUAGGCCUGGGUAUUUAACUGUGGUCACAGACAACCACAUUAUCACAUGAAUUGUACAGACAACUACCACUAACAGUUUGCAAGGGCAGUGGGACAUUCAAGACUUGUUCAUGGACUUCUGCUGUGGUGGAUGGAUUGAUUCUAGGUUCAAGACUUGUUCAUGGACUUCUGCUGUGGUGGAUGGACUGAUUCUCGGUCCAAGUGAAGAGCUAUAAAUGCAGAGGAGCUGUGGAGUAAAACAGGUGAAUCGCUAAAUGGUAGACUGUGUCUCGAUAUAAUCCAAUUUGUUCAUGUCGAAUUGUAAGUAUGUCUUCCCUAGAAAUCAAAAGAUUUCUACAAUAAAAUACAUUUACAUUUUUAUCCCCCCAAGAAUAUUCUAUAAAUGUUUUCUACACAUUUUCAUGCAUCAUAAAAAUACAUUUCUUUAGGUCAGGUACAAUUAGUCUCUUAGGUAUAGUUGUAUUAUAGUGUUCUAUUGUCAAAUCAUUUUGUGCAACUAGAAAUAUUUCAUUCCUAUAAUUAUGAUUAAACAUGCUUGACAAAGUUUGAAACAUAAGUGUUUGGCAGUUGUUUACAAGUACAUAUCAGAUUGAAUCAUUGUUGAUUGUAAAACAGACCAAAGCCUUUGUAUUUCAUCUAUUACACAAUGUUUUUGUUGUUGAAGAUAUUAGUCUUGUGUUGCAUCAUUUUGUAAACAUUUGAUGUUCUAUUACAGUGACCUAGAGUAUGUUUGACUGCGGACUAAUCGAGCAGUCCUUAUUUAUAAUUGAAGACCAUGGGUGACUGCGGAUUAAUCGAGCAGUCCUUAUUUAUAAUUGAAGACCAUGGGUGACUGCGGAUUAAUCGAGCAGUCCUUAUUUAUAAUUGAAGACCAUGGGUGACUGCGGAUUAAUCGAGCAGUCCUUAUUUAUAAUUGAAGACCAUGGGUGACUGCGGAUUAAUCGAGCAGUCCUUAUUUAUAAUUGAAGACCAUGGGUGACUGCGGAUUAAUCGAGCAGUCCUUAUUUAUAAUUGAAGACCAUGGGUGACUGCGGAUUAAUCGAGCAGUCCUUAUUUAUAAUUGAAGACCAUGGGUGACUGCGGAUUAAUCGAGCAGUCCUUAUUUAUAAUUGAAGACCAUGGGUGACUGCGGAUUAAUCGAGCAGUCCUUAUUUAUAAUUGAAGACCAUGGGUGGGGUUUUCUAGCGUCGUCUGUCAUGCUUUUUUGAGUUCUGCGUUGUUUUUCAAAAAUGUGUACAUAGAACGUGGACACAUAUACAGGAUCUACGUCUGAGAAAUGCUUUUGAGAUGAAACGUCUAAACUGUCUCUUAAAUAUUUCAAUUUAAUUUUAUUUAAAAUGGAGCUUUCUAAAUGUAUUUUGUGAAAAUUAUAAAAAAUAACAAUUUUGUACAGUAAAUAUAGUGAAAGCUU